GAUAUCAUUGAGGAGGAUUGCUCACAGAUCGACGACGUUCAACAAUACUACAUGAAGUCUAGGAUCUCGUCAUUUGAACAAUCUGAUACUAGCAUCAAGAUCCCUUCCUCUACCAUUACAUAUAUAAGUAAUAGUACUAAAGGUCAAUCUUCCAAUAGUACAUGGCAUGAUAUGAGGAUUGGUCGUUUGACAUCCUCCAACUUUUAUUCUAUUCAUACAAAAGUUGGUUCUAUCAAUAAUAAACCUACUGUUGUCCAUGAUGUUAAACCACUUGUGAAACAUAUUAUGGGUUAUACAAAAGUGAAUCCUAACAUCAGGUCCCUAAAAUAUGGUAGGGAAAUGGAACCAGUUGCAAAGGGUAUUUAUUUGAAAGAAUUUUGUACUGCACAUAAGAAUGUCAAAUCAGAUGAAUGUGGUAUUUUUCUUGAUUCUGUACACGCUUAUAUUGCAGCUAGUCCAGAUUUGUUGGUUUCAUGUUCGUGCUGUGGCGAUGGCUGUGUUGAAAUCAAGUGUCCUUUGAUAACAAAAUGUAGUUCAUGUUUGUCAUUUUGUACAUGCAAAAUAUCAGUUUAUCUUAUUAACAAGUCAGGGAAAUUGUCAUUAAAAAGUAAUCAUUCUUAUUUUGCUCAAGUUCAAGGACAGAUGUUUGUUACUAGAAGAAAAUGGUGUGAUUUUUUUGUUUAUACUUGUAAUGGUACUUUCACAGAGAGAAUAGAGUACAAUGAAACCUAUUUUACAGAUAUUCUCCAAAGCCUUCAGUACUUUUUCUUUUCUUUUGUGUUACCAGAGUUAAAAUCCCACAGUAUAGGAAAAUCACUACUGGAGGAAGCAAUGGAAGUAGAUGAAAAUGCAAAUAAUGUUGAAGGAGAGACAUAUGUUUGUCCAUGUUGUAAUCAAGUCAUUGUUAACAAUGUCACUGCUUUAAAAGAUAGAAGUAUUUGUUGUGAUUUAUGUGGUCUUUGGUACCACUUUAAAUGUGUUAAUCUAACAGAUGCAAAACUAAAGAAAACACUAUCUUGGUACUGUAGCGAGUGUUCUAUGUGAAUAGCAGAAGCUAUAUGUACUUUUGUAUACAGCUGUUAAGUGUUAAGGUAGUACAAAACACUCAUGAAAUCUGUUUUAAGUCAUUUCUUAUUAAGUACACCAGAAAAAGCAAAUAAUGUCACUAUAUUGUCAAUUGUCAAGGAUCUUUGUAAGAAAAAUAAUAAGCUGUGACAUAUUUUUGCCGCAUUUUAUAUAAAAUUAAAGACAUUGGAUCCUAUAUAUUGGUCAUUCGGAAGCCUACAUAUUGGAUUGUGUUUAUGCAUAUUUACCUGUGAAUUUUCCAUUUCUGGAUUAUGUAUGUUUUAUUUUUACAUCACAUUUGUCUCAGAUAUACUGGUAUUAAUAUAUUAUACUGAAUUUUAGUA